AUUAAUUUCCUUCGAUCGAGAAACCCAACCAAUCAAGAAAUUUUUCGAUCGAAUUCUCCUCUCGUGUCCACCAGCUGCACGGAAUCGAUCAAUCGAUCCAUAGUACCAGAAGAGAUACAGUCGGGAUCGAACGAUCGACGAGCUUCGGACAUAAUGGGAGGUGUUCUGUCUUUAAGCUCAAAUUCAGUGCAGACAACCGCUGCUGUGUUCGAUAAAGAUCAGCUUGUGAAGCUGUGGACGAUUAUCAAUGGUGGCAGCAAAGGAGAAUUCGGCAAGUUUUCGGAAGGAUUCGAUCCCUUGACCCUCCCCGCCUCCUUCUAUGUGCUGGGAUUUACGGUGCUGCUGGGGUUAUUUCUCGGAUUUUUUCUGCUGCGUGGCCCUCGUUCUGGCCGUAAAAGUGUUGAAUCCAAGGUUAAGGAUGUUAAGGUUGAUGUGCCUCCCUUUGAAGAGGACCGUCCGGAGGAGAAGAAGGUCAGCGUGUUUUUUGGCACACAGACUGGAACCGCCGAGCGCUUUGCUCAGGCAAUUGCAGAGGAAGGUAAAGUAAGAUACAAUGGCAAAGUGGUUAUCGAGGCGAUUGAUCUGGAGAAUUAUGGCGAGGAUGAUGACGAGUAUGAAGAAAAAUUAAGAAAAGAAAAAAUAGCCAUUUUUACGCUUGCAACAUAUGGAGACGGUGAGCCUACAGAUAAUGCAACAAGAUUUUACAAGUGGAUCACAACGGAAGGGGAAAAUGAAACCAGAUUUUCAGAACUCAAUUAUGCAGUUUUUGCUCUUGGAAACAAACAGUAUGAGCAUUUCAACAAGGUGGGAGUGACAGUUGAUGAAUCAUUCGCCAAUCAAGGGGCCAAACGUUUGCUAUCUUGUGGGCUUGGAGAUGAUGACAAAAUGAUAGAGGAUGAUUUCACUGCCUGGAAAGAGCAAUUAUGGCCAGAAUUGGAUAGUUUGCUUCAAGAUGAGGAUGAUCAACCAGUCUGCACUACUCCAUACAUGGCCGUAAUUCCACAGUACCACCUUGUUAUGCAUGACAAAGAUACAGCAGUGGAGGAAUCAAUAAAAGCUGAAGUCAACGGUGGAGCUAUUCAUGAUGUUCAUAACCCCUACAGAGCCACUGUUAUCUUACGGAAGGAACUUCACUCACCUCUAUCGGACCGCUCAUGCACUCAUCUUGAAUUUGAUAUUGCUGGAUCAGGCUUAAACUAUGAGGCUGGAGACCAUGUUGGAGUGCAUGCCGAAAACAACCCAGAAACAGUUGAAACAGCAGCCAAGCUUCUUGGUUAUCCUUCUGAUUUGAUAAUAUCCCUACACAAAGAAACUGAAACUGGGGAGCCUGUACCUGGUUGCAGUUCUCUUCCUGCCCCUUUCCCAGGUCCCUGCACUUUGCAUACAGCAUUAGCACGAUAUGCAGACCUCCUUAAUCCACCUCGUAAAGGGUCUCUUACAGCAUUAGCAGCAUAUGCAUCUGAUUCCAAUGAAGCAGAACGGUUAAAAUUUCUAUCUUCACCAGAAGGAAAGGAUGACUAUUCCGAAUGGAUCUUAUCAUGCCAAAGGAGUCUUCUGGAAGUUCUUGCUGAGUUUCCAUCAGUGAAGGUUCCACUAGGAGUAUUUUUUGGUGCCAUUGCUCCGCGUUUACAACCACGUUUCUAUUCCAUUUCAUCAGCUUCAAGUUUUGCACCAAACAGAGUUCAUGUUACAUGUGCUCUAGUCCAUGGCCCUAGCCCUACAGGACGUAUACACCAGGGUGUGUGCUCUACUUGGAUGAAGAAUUCCACCCCAUACACAGAAUCUGCAGAGAACUGUAGCUGGGCGCCAAUUUUUAUUAGGAAGUCAAAUUUCAAGCUUCCUUCAGAUCCUAUGGUCCCAAUCAUCAUGGUAGGACCUGGCACGGGUAUUGCACCGUUCAGAGGUUUCCUCCAGGAAAGAGUUUCUCUGAAAAAUUCCGGUUCACAACUUGGGACAGCUGUUCUCUAUUUUGGAUGCAGAAACAGGAAAACGGACUUCAUCUAUCAGGAGGAGCUAAACCAAUUUGUUGAAGAAGGCAUACUGUCUAGAUUGGAUAUAGCCUUCUCCAGAGAAGGUGCCCAAAAGGAAUAUGUGCAGCACAAAAUUUUAAAAGAGGCUAGCUAUAUAUGGGAACUCAUUUCUCAAGGUGCCUAUUUUUAUGUAUGUGGUGAUGCAAAGGGCAUGGCAAAGGAUGUUCAUCAGGCUUUGUUGAACAUUAUUCAAGAGCAGAAGUCUGUAGAUGGCAGUGAAGCAGAGUCAUUUUUGAAGAAACUUCAGUCAGAAGGCAGAUAUCUGAGAGAUGUCUGGUAAAUAAACACUAGAAGGGGUACACAGAAAGAUAAAAGUUCUAUCAUUUAGGCUACUUCAAUUAUGAACCUGUUAACAAGCAGCAAUUUUCAUUUGAGAUUGAGAAAGCUGCUAAUUCGUCUAGAUAAAGGAAAAUGGAUAGAAAUGGCGGUCUUUGUUGACUUGACUGAGUGUUUUCAUCCUCCUUGUACACUUGCUUAUUUUUUAUGAUAAUAAAAUACGUUCCCAUUUUUUAUUA